AUGCUGCCGCUCGUCGCUGCCCUGGUUGCUGGCGUCGCCGCCCGUGUCGCCGCCGCCGACUGCCUCUACGCGGGGUACACGUCGACCUUUGUGAGCUCGACCUGCACGCAGCCCGGCGCCGUCCUCUGCUCCGUCGACAGCUCGUGCAAGCUCAACAAGAUGUUCUGGACCAAGGACGACGUCAAGAAGGACUCGACUCAAACCAACCUGCUCGUCAUCAACGGCACCUACAAGGCGCAGUACCUCGCCGAGCUCCCGAAUCUGAGCCAAGUCUACAUUCAAUUCUACAACUCGGUCCGCGCGGUUGGCGACCUGUCCAAGGACACCAAUGUCGCGCUUUUGGAUUUCGAGGCCAACAAGGGCAUUGACUUGUCCAAAGCCGCCUUCUCGCCGAUCAUCACACGCCUGUCCAUUGCGGCGUGCCAGCUCCCAACGCUUCCGACGACGAUCCCGUACGGCCAGCUUUCGGAAUUGUACGUGAUUUGUCUCGAAAAUGCCGGAAAAUUCAUGGAAAUAAACGGUAGCUAUGGCUGGCAAAACAACUUUACGACGAUCGAAAACGUGAAUUUCCGCAACGCCGUUGAAAUCAAGUUCAACGGCUGCCCGUACCUCACGACCCUCUCAAACCUGACCGUCUCGUCAAAACUGAGCAAAUUCUACUUUGACGACUCACACUUCACAACGUUCCUCAUCGACCAGCCGACGUAUGCAGCGCUCCAGGCUGUGCCCACGUUUGCUGUCGGCAGCAUCGACGUCGCUGCCACGUGCAAGGCGCCCAACACCAUUCAGCUGCUCAAGACCAAGUACUCGGUGUGCGUCAUGCCAGCCCCGGCGACUGAAGACUCUGGCUCGUCGUCCAACACGGGUCUUAUCGUCGGUGUCGCGGUCGGUGCCGUCGUUCUUGUGCUCGCCAUCGUCGGGUUUGUGCUGUACCGCCGCAAGAAGAACGCUGCCUCGACGGGCACGAGCCACACCGGGUACACGGCUCACAACACGACGACCCAGGGCAUGACGACGUCGACGGGCCAGUACAGCAUGGCCUUCAACAUGGAGGAUCUCGAACUCCUCCGUCUCGACGAGCAAGCGCUCACCAAGGUCCAGUCAGUGGCUCAAGGCGCGUACGGUGAAGUCUACCGUGGCGAGUACAAGGUCGGUCUCUGCAGUGCCGAAGUACAUGUAUGCACGGGAUGCACCAACUUGUACCGGUACAAGCAGCGCGUACAGGACCUUCGCUGUCUUCUUGCGCUUUGUGGUCGUUCCCAAUGA